AUGGUCUGCAGGAGAUCCGCGAGCAGGACAGAGAGCUGUAUUGUGUCCCUCGACUCCCCGGACCGCAGUCAACAAGUCGGCAGGAGGGACAGACAUAAGGGAAACAAGGGCAAGGAACAGAUAGGAAAGGGCAGGAAAGGAGAGAUCGCGAUAGCCGAGUUGACCCGACGCUAUACCGCUGAGGUAAUCGGUACCGGGGCGGAAUACGGUAAGGAUACCGGGCCGGCAGCUUUUGCUGGCAAACCUCAAGAAAGCUUUCUCGUCCCAACUUCCCUUCUUCUUCCCUUAUACUGCUCCAGCUCUUAUCCACUGAUACCCUCCAUUGCUGCAUCCCCUCCCCUCCUUGAUUGUCUGAUUCGGGGGUUUGCUUGUCUGAUCUACUUCUACUACCUUAUCUCUUCUUUUUUCUCCCCUCGUGUGCUUUUCAUCAUGUUCCGGACUCUUCUGCCCCGGGCUACGCCGCGGGCUGCCCUCCGCACUGCUCGCACCCCCUCUAACUUCGUCGCUGCCCCUACUCUCGCUUUCCUCGGACGCUCGAAACGUGGCUACGCCUCGGAAUCGGGUGAGCACGAUGUUGUUAUCAUUGGUGGUGGUGUCGCUGGUUACGUUGCUGCCAUCAAGGCUGGUCAGGAAGGCCUGAAGACUGCCUGUAUCGAGAAGCGUGGCCGCCUCGGAGGCACCUGCUUGAACGUCGGCUGUAUCCCCUCGAAAUCUCUGCUCAACAACUCGCAUCUCUACCACCAGGUCCUCCACGACACGAAAAAGCGCGGUAUCGAGGUCGGUGAUGUCAAGUUGAACCUCGAGCAGAUGAUGAAGGCCAAGGACACCUCCGUCGACGGUCUCACCAAGGGUAUCGAGUUCCUGUUCAAGAAGAACAACGUCGACUACGUCAAGGGUACCGGUGCGCUGGUCGACCAGAACACCGUCAAGGUCAACCUGCUCGAGGGUGGUGAGCAGACCCUCCGCGGAAAGAACAUCCUCAUUGCCACCGGUUCUGAGGCCACUCCUUUUCCCGGCCUGAACAUCGACGAGAAGCGCAUCAUCACCAGCACCGGCGCUCUCUCUCUGCAGGAGGUCCCCAAGAAGAUGGUUGUCAUCGGUGGUGGUAUCAUCGGUCUGGAGAUGGCUUCCGUUUGGUCGCGUCUCGGAUCCGAAGUCACCGUCGUCGAAUUCUUGAACCAGAUCGGUGGUCCUGGUAUGGAUGCCGACAUCGCCAAGCAGGCCCAGAAGAUCCUCGGCAAGCAGGGCAUCAAGUUCAAGACCGGCACCAAGGUUACCAAGGGUGACGACAGCGGCGCUACCGUCAGCCUCAGCGUUGAGUCCGCCAAGGGCGGCAAGGAGGAGACCCUCGACGCCGACGUCGUCCUGGUCGCUAUCGGUCGCCGUCCCUUCACCGAGGGUCUGGGCCUGGAGAACGUUGGAAUCGAGAAGGACGACCGGGGCCGUUUGGUGAUCGACCAGGAGUACCGCACCAAGGUCUCCAACAUCCGUGUGAUCGGUGACUGCACUUUCGGACCCAUGCUGGCCCACAAGGCUGAGGAGGAGGCCGUUGCCGCCGUCGAGUACAUCAAGAAGGGCUACGGCCACGUCAACUACGCCUGCAUCCCCAGCGUCAUGUACACCCACCCCGAAGUCGCCUGGGUUGGCCAGAACGAGGCCGAGGUCAAGGCUUCCGGCGUCAAGUACCGCGUCGGUACCUUCCCCUUCAGCGCCAACUCUCGUGCCAAGACCAACCUCGACACUGAGGGUCAGGUCAAGUUCAUCGCCGAUGCCGAGACCGACCGCAUUCUCGGUGUGCACAUCAUCGGCCCCAACGCCGGUGAGAUGAUCGCCGAGGCCACCCUUGCUGUUGAGUACGGUGCCUCUUGCGAGGACGUCGCCCGGACGUGCCACGCUCACCCCACUCUGUCCGAGGCCUUCAAGGAGGCCGCCAUGGCCACCUACUCCAAGGCCAUUCACUUCUAA